ACCGCAGAGCUGGCGGCCCAAGGGGAAUCGCAGAGUCAAGAAAGUUUCUCCGACCUCUCUCCAGCAAAUGGUGAAUGUAUAAGAACAUCUUCUGGAAUUUAUGAGAGAAAUGGAGUAGGUAUUCAUACCACUCCUAAUGGGAUUGUCUACACAGGAAACUGGAAAGAUGACAAGAUGAAUGGUUUUGGAAAACUUGAGCAUUUUUCAGGAGCAGUAUAUGAAGGACAAUUUAAGGACAAUAUGUUUCAUGGAUUAGGAACUUACACAUUCCCAACUGGGGCAAAGUACACUGGAAAUUUCAAUGAAAAUAGGGUGGAAGGUGAAGGGGAAUAUACCGAUAUCUAUGGACUAGAAUGGAGUGGUAACUUCCAUUUCACAGCCGCUCCAGGCCUGAGACUAAAGUUCCAAAUGUAGAUGUUCUGCACUGAAGUUUAAAUGCGGCAAUUGAAGCCUUUAGUUGUAAGCAGAGCAGCUAAAUUUGUUAUCUGAAAUGACUUCAUACACAACCUCCACAAAAUUGCCAAUAAAACUAUCACUCACUUAUGCCUUAUUGAAUUUUAUUUUCAUUGAAUACAUUAUGUGAUUCAAUUCAGAGUUUGCUUAUUUUAAUCCAUACAGCAGAAAUAUUAAUUUAACUAUUAAUUAAAUAGUUAAUUUUCCAAUCCUGGAUUUUGUCAUCUUUUUUUCCCCCUAGUUUGUGCUUUCAUGUUUAUUUUUGGAGAAAAAAAAAAUUCCCUGCAUUAUCCUUUGUAAGUAAUCAGAUAUUUGGUCCCUAUUGAAAUUUUUUAUUGUUGUGAUAAUGCUUACAUGAAGUCUACCCUCUUAACAAACAUGUUGUGUACAAUACAUUAUUACUGACUUCAGGUAUAAUAUGGUACAAAUCUCUAUAGCUUAUUCACCUUCUUUUUAAAUACACAUGAAACAAUUUUUUAAACU